AUGAGACAUAUAGACAGACAAGCUAGAUGUCGUGCUCCGCACACUAUCAAGAAAAAUUGCUUAUUACAACUUAUACAGAAAUCAAGUGAAGAAGAAUUAGAAGAAAAAACAUGUCAAGCACUCGAAGCACUUGUAUCAUCUAAAGUAUCAGCUGCUCUACCUGUUCAGUAUAUUCGUUAUACACCCUCACAACAAGGACCAGCAUUUAAUUCUGGUGCCAAACAACGUAUCAUUCAAAUGGUUGAAGUUCAAAAAGAUCCUAUGGAACCAUCUCGAUUCAAAAUCAAUAAGAAAAUUCCACGUGGACCUCCAAGUCGUCUUGCUCCAAUUCUACAUUCACCAAUACGAAAAGUCACUGUUAAAGAGCAACAAAAUUGGAAGAUUCCAACAUGUAUAUCGAAUUGGAAAAAUAGCAAAGGUUAUACAAUUCCACUUGAUAAACGUUUAGCAGCUGAUGGUCGUGGUCUUCAAAGUACAUAUAUCAAUGAAAAUUUUGCUAAGCUUGCUGAAGCUUUGUAUACAGCCAAUUCAAAGGCUCAUGAAGCUGUAGAAAUGCGUGCUAAAGUUGAAAAACAAAUAGCUAAAAAACAAAAAGAUGAUAAAGAAGAACGAUUACGUAAAUUGGCUGUUCGUGCUCGAAUAGAUCAUGCAGGAAUUUGCCUUGCUGGCAAAGGUGCUGAGCAAAGUGCUGAACGUGAUCAAAUUCGACAAGAAAGAAAAAAAGAACGACGGCGUGCUGCUGCUCUUCGACGAGCUGGAAGCAAUAAAAAAAAUCGUCCAAAACAACGUGAUGUUAGUGAAAAAAUUGCAUUGGGUGUACAAAGUGCAAUUCAUACAGGUAUUCAAUAUGAUCAACGUCUAUUCAAUAUGUCAGCAGGUUUCAAUAGUGGUUUCAAUGAUGAUGGAGCUAAUAAUGUAUAUGAUCGACCAUGGAAUUCGUCAACAGCUGUUGCCUCUCAAAUUUAUAAACCAUCUAAAACAUCAAAAGAUAAAUUUGAGGAUACUGAAGCUUUAGCUAAUGCUACGACACGAUUCGAAAAAGAAAAAGGCUUCAAAGGAGCUAAUCACGCAGCAGCACGUAAUGGUCCUAUUCAAUUUCAACAUGAAGAAGAUUUAUUUAGUUUAAGGGAUUUCUUAAAAGAUGUACGACAUGGUGGUGCAAGUGAUUCAGCUUCAUCGUCUAAACGUGGUAAUGCAGAUGAUCGAGAAGAACGAAGCAGUAAAAAAAGUCGUAAGAAAUAA